AUGGUGGGAGGGAAAGAGGUGGAGCAACUGGAUUUCGAAGCCCUAGACUGGAGUUUCCUAGUAGAGUCCCUCUCAUUCCUUCGGGGGGAAGGCUUUCAGACCUUCGAGGUGUGCAAGGGUUUCUUCCCUCCUCCUCCCCGCCGGUUCUCCCUCGCCCCUCCCCCUGCCAUCCCCGAUGGGCGGGGCUCACCCGUGGAACGCGGCGGUUGCCUAGGAGACAGGCCGUCUCAGAGAGGGCUGCUCAGUGUUUCUCUGGCUGGGCUCGGAGAGCUGGGCUGCUGGAGCGCGCCCCGGCUGGGUGGGGUGACUGUCUGUGGGUCAGCGGGUCAGUCCUUCUCUUUGGGUGGAAGGCACCUGGCGACUGAAGAGGGGAAGAUGAGCCGGUACGUUUCUCGGAGCUCCGGGGCUUCCAGGACGGUGCUUUCUAAGGCUCCAAGAAUGCUAGAAGUAAUUGGCCCUGAAGGUGAAGUAUUUUUGGAAGCUGACUUGACAAUUUCUGGGCGGAAUUUAGACAGAGCAGACAUUACUAAGGAAGCAAAGAAUAGACACUAUGGCAAAUUGCAGGUGCUUGAUCCAAAUGAUAGACCAACUCCGAGUUAUUCUGUUCCCACUGAAACCACCUCCCAGGAUGCUGCACGCUGUCAUAGCCCUGAAGAUACAGGUCAAGAUACAGUAGAUGCAAAAAAUAAUGAUGACUCCUCACAAAGUUCUGAUGACAAAUUAUUAGAAACUACAAUUGAUGAUGAAAAACACCAUGAUAAAUUUGUUGGGAAAAACGUUGCACCAUUGGAGUUAAUGACAGAGUUCCUAAGAGCAGUAAUGAGCCGAAACUAUACUGUGGCAAAAAAAUUAUGUCAAUUGAUACUAAUCUAUGAACCAGAAAAUCCUGAAGCCAAACAGUUUUCUUCACUGAUUGAAGAAAAGUUGCUAAUGGAAAAAGCCCAUGCUGGGGAAGAAGAAGAAGAAGAGGAAGAAAGUGAAGAUAGUAGUGAUGAUAGUGAAGAAGACAGCAGUGAUGAUAAGGAUCAAAGUGAAGAGAGUUCUGAUGAAUCUGAAGAUAUAUAAAAAAAAAUUCCUAUGAUUUCAAUGGCCAUUGGUUUUUCAUUCAUUUUUAGUAACAUUCACAUUUUUUAUUAGCAUUUAUUAUCAAAACAGGAUGAUAAAAAUAAAAGUGGUUCUGAUGAAUCUGAAAA